AUGAACAACAAGCUCCACGUUUGGCUUGAGGAGAAACCGCAUUCGGUGGAGGGCCAUACUGCGAAAUGCACCCUCUAUUUCAAAGAUAGGCAGGUCUGGGGACCUGUCCAUUGUCACGGCAAUACCGAACAGCUCAGGGAUGCAAUUCAGAAAGCAGAUGACCGCUUCGCCCUUACGGUUGAACCGAGGUCCAAAUCGGUCGAAGGUCAUAUACGCUAUAUCAGCGUCAAGUCUCAUGGGAACGUUCUUCUGGAUAAGUUAUCUACUCAUGACAACAUGGAGGGGCUGGUUACGGUCAUUGAAGCUCUUCUAAAUGUUCUAGGUUAG